GCUCGUUUCAGGGUUAGCCAAUGAGGGGUGCGCUUCUUAUCGCGCCCAGAAACUCUCACGGCCGCCAUGAUGCUUGUUUGCCUUCAGUAAGAAAGAGCAGCGGAUCAGAAACAAAGGAAACGCGCACUCGUCUUUGUGAACUGGUAUGAGCUUACAGUAUUACCGGGAUGCCCAAGGAAAAAUAUGAUCCGCCUGACCCAAGGCGGAUGUACACAAUAAUGUCGAGUGAGGAGGCGGCCAAUGGGAAGAAGUCAUAUUGGGCAGAGCUGGAGAUUGUUGGAAGAGUGAGGAGUUUAAGUUCAGCAUUAUGGUCCCUCACCCACCUCACUGCUCUUCACAUCAGUGAUAACUCACUUUCACGAAUCCCGCCCGACAUUGCCAAACUACACAACUUGGUGUACCUGGACCUCUCGUCCAACAAAAUCAGGAGCCUGCCCGCUGAGCUAGGCAACAUGGUAUCUCUCAGGGAACUGCUUUUAAAUAACAACCAGUUACGAGUUCUGCCUUUUGAGCUUGGAAAACUCUUUCAGUUACAAACGUUGGGUUUGAAAGGGAACCCACUUGCACAAGAAAUCUUGAACCUCUACCAAGAGCCUGAUGGGACACGUCGGCUCCUCAACUACCUGCUGGACAAUCUCGCAGGCACCAAACGUGUAUCUAUAGAACAGCCACCACCUCGCUCAUGGAUACCACUGCAGGAGCCUGAAAGAACACGGCCAGCAGCACUUUUCUCUGUAAUGUGCUACAAUGUGCUGUGUGACAAGUACGCCACACGCCAGCUCUACGGCUACUGUCCCUCCUGGGCCCUCAACUGGGACUACAGGAAGAAGUCCAUCAUGCAGGAGAUUCUCACCUGCAGUGCGGAUAUCAUCAGCCUACAGGAAGUGGAGACGGAGCAGUACUACAACUAUUUCCUGGUGGAGCUGAAGGAACAUGGUUAUGAAGGAUUCUUCAGUCCUAAGUCCCGAGCCAGGACCAUGUCUGAAUCCGACCGCAAACAUGUGGACGGCUGCGCCAUCUUCUAUAAAACAGAGAAGUUCAGUCUGGUGCAGAAACACACAGUGGAGUUCAACCAGCUGGCUAUGGCAAAUUCAGAAGGUUCAGAGGCUAUGUUGAACAGGGUGAUGACAAAGGACAACAUCGGAGUCGCUGUACUACUAGAGCUGCGGAAAGAGAUAAUGGAGCAGUCUGCUGGGAAGCCUCUGCAUGGCAUGGAGAAACAGCUCCUUCUUGUGGCCAAUGCCCACAUGCACUGGGACCCUGAGUACUCGGAUGUGAAGCUUGUCCAGACCAUGAUGUUUCUGUCUGAAGUGAAGAACAUUGUGGACAAAGCCACUCGCAGUCUCAAGCUCUCCUCCAUCUCAGGAGAAACCAAUGCCAUCCCUCUCGUCCUGUGCGCUGACCUCAACUCUCUACCUGACUCAGGUGUGGUGGAGUACCUGAGCACAGGUGGUGUGGACAGCACCCACAAGGACUUCAAAGAGCUGCGAUAUAUUGACAGCUUGACCAACUUCAACUGCAACGGCAAGAACGGCACCUCCAGGAUCACGCACGGCUUCAAGCUGAAGAGUGCCUAUGAGAACGGCCUGAUGCCUUUCACCAACUACACCUUUGACUUUAAGGGCAUCAUUGACUACAUCUUCUACUCUCAACCUUUGCUUAAUGUGCUGGGUGUGAUUUUGGGUCCCUUGGACCCCCACUGGCUCCAUGAGAACAAUAUCACUGGCUGCCCCCACCCCCACAUCCCCUCUGAUCACUUCUCCCUGUUUGCACAACUGGAGCUGCUCCUGCCCUAUCCGCCUGCUAUCAACGGCAUUCAUCUGCCUGUUCGCAGGUAGUUCUCAGAGCCAGCAGGGGGAGCUCCGGCCCCUGCCUUCUUUUGCUCUCAUAGUGGAGAGAGAAUGAGGCAAGGGCUGUUGUGUAUAAAUCUGAAUCCAUUAAGAGGCGAUGGGUUAUGGCAGACUUUUAUUCCCAUGGAUUUUAACUGAAGCAGACGUUACUGUCAGUCUUAUCUCUACCAUCUCCCAACCGGUUUCUCUUUUUAUGUUUCAUUUUUCCUUUUCCACCUUCUGUUUCUGGGCACAGUUAACAUUCUGUACUUUUUUCCAAACCCCCAAGGGCCCUGAGUGAUCAUGUAAGUUUUACCUAAAGACAGAAAAAAGCUUUUUUUAUAUAAAUAACUAAAUGGCAAUAUCUUUAAAACACAUGCAGGGAGACCAGAUCAAGCGAGUUAUCAUGAAGCGCAUGAUUUUGAUCAUGCUUCUUUAAAGCCAGUUUAGAGCAAGCAGCUGAAUUUGAUGACAAAAAAAAGGAAUUUCACCAGCUUAGGUCAGAUAAUCCGAUCUCCAGGAGCAACCCUUUAAAUAAGGGCUUUUAAUGUGUAAAGAGAGCUGGCCGAACUCUCACAUUUGCACUCAGUGGUGCUGAGGCCUCUCCAAGGAUGCUCUAGCUGUACAGAGCGAUUGUACCUUUUUUAUUCAUGCUUUUAAGAAAGCAAGAUUUCAAGAGCCAAAAUGGCCGACUUAUGAAGUUGUCUAGCUUCAUGUGCCAUAGAGCCCUCCUUGAACUGAGGUGCUCGCUGUUCUGGUGCGUACAGCUGAGAAAGUGAAGAUUUCAGUGAAGAGAGAGGAUCUGGAAUGGCCUUUGCACCUGGGGAAGUUUGGCAGGAAAUCAUGUUAAGAUGCAGAGAAUGUUAGAACAGGCAAAGACAAGCACAUCUCACUCAUAGGCCGAUAAAUGAAACCCUCAGUGUGACCUGUAGAUGCCUCGCCCACCCAAGACUCCAGCUCACUCCUGAUUUUUAUUUAAAUAUUUUUUUUCCCUCUCUCUACAUGAUUGUAUACAAGCAACAAAAUUCCUGAUCUACUGCAUUUUUCUUUCUUUCUUUCCUUUUUUUUUUUUUUUUUUUUUUUUUUUUUUUUUUUUGUACGUACACCUUUUAGAUUUGGAUGAAAAAUGAUUGUAUUGUAAAUGAAAGUUACAUUUCUAUUCAUUUUAGAUGUUCAUCCUAAUGAACAUUCAAAAAACCAGCGUGUGUAAAAUAAUUUUUUUUCAGGUUUCUGCUAUGUAAAGUUGCACUUGUCCAGGUUCCUAUUUUUACCCAGUGCAUCAGUUUUAUUUUAUUAUUUUUUUUUAUUAAUAUAGAUGUUUAAUUUCACUGAGGCAGAUAUCUGGUGAUGUCGUCCUGUUACCCACUUCGAUAUUCAAGAUAUUUCUCUAAGUGCACUGCCAGUGCUAUCAGUGGACACCUGAACAGCCUCAAUCUCUCUGUACAUCUUCACCAUCCUUAUACAAUAACCUAAUUUCUGUUUGUCGGGGGGUUUGUAUUCGGUAUCGAACAUCUUAUUCUUCUGAUCUUUUUGGGGGUCUACAAAGUCAAGUAAAGUGAGUGUUUCUGCUGUGUGAUCCGCGCUCGUGAUUUGGAGAAAUCCUAUCAUUAUACCAGAAGUUUAUUUUUUUUUAUUUAUUUUUUCCCCAUUUGAAUUCCCUAUUUACUGCCACUUUUCCUCUCGACUCAGGCAAUUCACUUUAACUGUAUAUUUUGCUUGUGUAUUUCUUUGUUUGGAUCUCGUUCUGUAUUUCAAUUCCUGCUAGAUCACGGUUAUUUCCUUGUUGUGCCAUCCAAUCCAUUCUGCCACAAGGCCAAGUGUAAAGCUAGAUUUACUACUGUAAAGCCUGUUCUCUGACCUAAUGAAAACGUACAUGGUAAUUUUUUUUAUUUUUUGUCUUCUAAAUGCAAAGCUAGAGUACCGUUAGCGUGGUCAGAUUUUUAACUUCAGUGUCUAUGGUGGCACCGUCGUUUAUUGCCCGCGUACUCUCAAAGCCAAUUUGUUUUCCGUCUCCCCCUCCCUAUUGAAUUUGUCAUGUUUUUAAAAUCAAAUGGAUUGACAAGCACUUAUUGUAGAUCACUGGUGCAGCUACUCAUUGCUUUUUCGUUUUUUUUAAAUGAAAACACACUUUUGCUAUGAGGCAGAAGUCCAUUUUAAUGACUUUUAUCAAGCAAGAGUAAAUAGAUGAACUGGGGAGGACCAUCUUAUAGUUCCCCAUUUGGUGUCCCUUUUUAUUCCUUACAUUAUCUCAGUCAGUUUUGUUUUUCUUCUGUUUAUUUUUAAUUGAAAGCAACUUGUCUGUUUAUUUUGGAUUGCUGAUGGUGUUGUAGUAAAAAGAUUUUUGUAAAGUGUGAAUAAAUAAUGUAUCACGUUUCCUUUCUUUGA